AUGACCACCCUGAAGGAACUCAACGGUCGCCUCGGCACUCAGCCGUACGUCUCAGGCUUUAGUCCCAGCCAGGAGGAUGCGAAGGUCUUUUCCGAGAUGUUUGGUUCACACACUGCCGUGAUUGAGUGGGCCGCCCGCAUGGCGUCGUACUACCAGGCGGAGCGUGACCAGCUCGCCAAGGGCGCCGCGUCUUCUUCCAAGAAGGCCGCCGACGACGACGACGACAUUGAUCUGUUCGGCGACGCCACGGAAGAGGAGACAGCCGCGCUCGAGGCCAAGAAGAAGAAGGACGCNGACGACGACGACAUUGAUCUGUUCGGCGACGCCACGGAAGAGGAGACAGCCGCGCUCGAGGCCAAGAAGAAGAAGGACGCUGAAGCCAAGAAGGCGAAGAAGGUGGUCAUUGCGAAGUCUUCUAUCCUCUUUGACAUCAAGCCGUGGGAUGACACCGUCGAUCUUGAGGCGCUGGCCGGUAAGCUGCACGCCAUCCAGCGUGACGGUCUGCUCUGGGGCGACCACAAGCUGGUGCCGGUGGCGUUCGGCGUGAAGAAGCUGCAGCAGCUCAUCGUUAUUGAGGACGACAAGGUUUCUGGCGAUGAUCUGGAAGACAUGGUGAUGUCCUUUGAGAAUGAUGUGCAGUCAAUGGAUAUUGNAUCGUUAUUGAGGACGACAAGGUUUCUGGCGAUGAUCUGGAAGACAUGGUGA